GCCUCCUGAGCAUGCACUCUCGCAUUCUCUCUCAUUCAGACAGACACACACACACACACACACACACAGACACACACAAAUGCACACACACACACACUAUCCCAGCAGAUUUGGAUUGCGCCACGGGCUGUUAGUGUGCUCGCAGGAUGGGAAUACGUCUGUUGUGUGUGUGUGUGUCGUCGCUCCAUGGGGAGUAAUGUGAGCGUCGUAGCUGCCUGGGGGUCCUGGACAGAAAGAAUUUCACCUGCGGAAGAGACCUGUUGAUACUGACUGGACAACACCAUUUUGAAAGGGGGACGUAAAUCAAUUUUUUGUCAACUUUUUCUUUUUCUCACAUGCUGAGGAAAUACCCGCCUGCUUGAACUACAUGACUUUAUCUACAAUUAUCUGUGAUAUGGACCCAUGUUUGUCAUGCUAGAGACUACAUUGCGUGGGCACCCGCUAGUCAGGGACUCUCAGGAUUAAUGCCGGGGUUUUACAGGAGAUUGUGAGGGAUUGCCAUGUCGACGGCCCAGGCAGUGCACCCCAAUGGGGUGUAUAGCUACUUCCUCAACAUGGUGGCCUACCAGAUAUGUUGCUGCUGUGGCCCCGCUCCCUGCUCGUUAUGUUGCUCCUUUUGUCCACCUGUGAAAUCGUCCUUCAGCACUCGGGUGAUGUACACCCUGUUCCACAUCAUGGCCUGUGCUGUCUCGUGCCUGAUGUUGUCACGGACUGUGUCUGAAACCAUGAGGGAGAAUGUGCCUUUCUUUAAGAUGGUGUGUGACGAGGAGCAUGGUGGCGGAGACUGUGAGAUGCUGGUGGGCUACUCAGCAGUGUACCGGGUGUGUUUCGGCACCGCCUGCUUCCACCUGAUGCUGGCGAUCUUCCUCAUCGACGUCAAGUCCAGCCAGGACUUCCGUGCCCUCAUCCACAACGGAUUCUGGUUUUUGAAGUUCAUCAUGCUUUUAGGAAUGUGUGCCGCUGCCUUCUUUAUUCCUACAGAGUCCUUCUUGCAUGCCUGGCACUAUGUAGGUGUGGUGGGAGGGUUUGCCUUCAUACUUAUCCAGCUCAUCCUCAUCACAGCAUUUGCACACACCUGGAACAAAAACUGGCUAACGGGGGCAGCAGAGGACAAGCGCUGGUACGUGGCGGUGAUGUGCGCCACGCUCUUCUUCUACUCUGUCGCCACCACGGCCUUCACCUUCAUGUACAACUUCUACACGCAUCCUGCCGCUUGCCACCUCAACAAGGCUCUGCUCUGGACCAACCUGGCACUGUGCGGCUGCAUGAGCUUCAUUGCCCUCACGCCCUGCGUCCAGCAGAAGCGACCGCGCUCCGGACUACUGCAAGCAUCCAUCAUCAGCUGUUACGUGAUGUACCUCACCUUCUCUGCUCUGUCCAGCCGACCACCUGAGAAAGUGGAGUACCAGGGCAUGAACAUCACUGUGUGCUAUCCAAAAACAGGCCAGGGUGAGAUCCAGAAGGAGGGGAAUGCAGUGGCCAUCAUUGGAGCAGCCAUCAUGUACUGCUGUGUGCUGUUUGCAUGUAAUGAGGCGUCCUAUCUGGCUGAGGUGUUUGGCCCCUUCUGGAUGAUUAAGGUGUACCGCUACGAGUUCCAGAAAGCAACCUGCUGCUUCUGCUGUCCUGAGGAUGAGGAGCCAGAGGAAGAGUUUGUAAUAGAUGAGGAGAACAAGGGCUGCCAGAAGGUGAUCCACAACGAGAUGCACCGAGUGGCCUACAGUUACUUCUUCUUCCAUUUUGUCUUCUUCCUGGCCUCCCUCUACGUCAUGAUGACCCUCACCAACUGGUUCAGCUAUGAGACAGCGGUGCUGGAGACCACGUUCACCCAUGGCAGCUGGUCCACCUUCUGGGUGAAGAUGUCGUCAUGCUGGGCGUGUGUGAUCCUCUACCUCUGGCUCCUGCUGGGGCCACUGUGCCGCAGCCGAUCGGACCGCAAGCCCCGACCACGGCGCUCACGCAUCAAGAGACGCGCCGCCUCCCACCGCCUCGUCAGCGUGAUCGUGUGACCUCAGCCUGUUGCUGAGCAACGCUCAAAACAACACGGGCUUGCCCUGUCAGGAGUGGCCGAGAGUCCGACACAUGAACUUGGUGCGACAAGGACACCCCCUCCCUCUGGGACGGUCGCCAAACUAUACCCAUCUAUACCCGACAGGACUGAACAAAAAAAAACAAACAAGCGAUCAAAGAAAAACAAUCUGAAGAACAAACUUUUAAGACAUUCUGACCAAGUAGGCUGUGUUAUCUCUUUGAGGACAUGACUGGACUACGAAAGUGGGAAUGUGUUUUUAAAGAAUUGCCAAAAGGAUCAGCUGAAGGCGAGUGGGAGAUUUCCUUAUUUCUUCAAAGGAGACGCAAGUCGAGAGGAGGGCCUGGAGGAUUUCUAGUACUAAUUACACUUUAGGAUUGUUCUAGCACUGCGGUUAGCCGGAGAUGUAAGCUGAUUAGAAGGUGGAGGUAUUGAGUCUGAUCUUUAGUUGACUUUGCAGCUCAGUUCAUCUUUGAUAAGGGAUUAGCCGGGACAGGAGCCGUUCUCUAUGAUCCGUGGCCGAAGACGGACCCCCCAACAGCCAGAGCUCAGGGAACCUGUGGUUCUGUAGAAGACCUGUGGUUCUGUAGAAGCUCACCUAUUCACCACAGCAACCCACUCCAUCCAACCCCCAUCACCUUCUCUUCUAAACACCUCUCCACCCAACCCCCCACCCACACCCCUCACACCCGCCCCACAGCCACAGGGAAUGAGAAACGGCUUCUGUCCAGAUGAGAAAGGUGCCACAGGCAGGCAAGCAGGAACAGGGCACAAGCCUUCUCACUCUAAACACCAGCAGUAGAAGUAUGUACUGUAUCCAGACCUUUAAGGAAUUUGCCAUCUUGCAAUUUGAAUUUGCAAAUUCAUGCAAAUUGAAGAAUUUCAGACAUUUGCAACUUGAAUUUUUCUGUUAUUACGGCAUUAUUUCCGCAAAAAUGUGUGUGGAAUUUCUCUUUUCACAAUGCACAAUGCAAUUUUUUACUGUGUUUUAUGAGACUUUCCUCUGCACAUUUAGUUACCUUUGGCUGCAGCAAUCACAAUAAACUCUUGCAAGAUCCUUGUGGGACUAAUGUAUCGAUUAUACUGGCAGAAACCAAUGUCAUACAAUUUAGAGUUUGAAGUGUGCAGGACAGGAAGAUAUGAAGUAUAUGCCAUUAAGUUUCUGCUGGGGCAUCAAGGCUCAGUCCACGAUUCAGACAGGUUGUUGAUAUUUGAGCAGGUUCCCCCGCAUACACCUUCAAUGAUCCUGAAGUAGCAUGGCCAGUUGGCUGCAAUAGCGUGUGGCUCCAUGCUAGCUCCAUGCUAGCUACUUUGUUUCCCAUUAGAGGACUGCAUGUGAACACUGGGGGGUUUAUGAGAACACAGACAGACAGCUUGUAGACUGAGGAGAAACUUUAGCAAAACAAGUGUUGGAGUAGGAUCGUGGACUGCACCUGUCAGUUUUUAAUUCUGCGUGUUCCUGUUAGAGAACCCUGUUUUAGAACCGAGUAAAAUUCUCUGCUUUGAACCCAGUUGGUUCCAAAAUGUACCAAAGGGUGACAGAUGAAUUUAUUCCGUGUUGCUUUGCUUAUGAAGAACAUACAAAUCAUUUCAAACUGCUCAGGUGCAUUGGCAUAGGCUGACGUUUUAUUUUGUUGCUGUUUUGUCUAUCAUAGUUGGUUGUAAGGUGGAUUUUGCUAUUUGAUUAUUUAUAUGUAUGUAUUAACUACAUGUUCAUUGUAGCACAGUUCAUGUCAUUGUGAUGAAGGAUUUACAUGUUAUUUUUGUAAAUACAUUUCUAACAAAAUACACAA